AUGAAGUUCGAAUACGCGCCAGAUGAGGUGCCUCAAAAGGUCGUCAAGAUUCUGAAACGGUUUUCUUUGCAUCAGGGCCAAGAUGGUCAAGAAAUUGGGAAGGUGUUUGACUCUGUGCCGGAGAAGUUGAAGGUUGAUAUUGCAGCAAACCAACCAAUUACUAUGGUUUUGCCUGCAUUUCCGUGGAAAACCCCCAACCAGGACAAAGUACUGGGCGAAGGGGCUGAUUUAGGAGACGAAUUGGGUCUGGCAAGCCUGAAUCACCUGUGUGAGGAGAUCUCAACAGUCUAUCCCUACGGUGCCCGUCUGAUCCUCAUCUGUGACGGGCCUGUGUAUAAUGAUUUGGUUGGUGUUCCUGCCAAUGAAUAUUACGACUAUGGCAUUCAGCUGCGAAAUAUUGCCCAUGAGAAACGCUUUUCUUCAAUCCAUUUCAUUCGGUUGAUGGAUCUACUGGGACUUGGUGAUGGCGAGAAGGUCUCCAAGGCUGACUACCUGCGUCUCGUUCCCGUCUGCCGCGACAGGCUGAUGUCGCCCCCAUACUGUGAUCCGAAAUUCGAUGUAGACCAGGAGCUGAAAACAAACCCCGAUACCAUGGCAACCUAUGAGGGCUACUUUAGUCGCAUCUCCGAGGAUCUGAAAUGGGCCAAUGGAUUGGACCCUGUUGUGGCAUCUGAUCCAGCGCUGUACGCGACAGAGGUGUCCAAGGUGGCGAAGACCAUGAUCAACCGGCUUGUUGUAAGUUUGGAGGUGCUCACGGUGUGUUUCGUCUAG